GCGGGAGUCUGGGGUCCGCGGCGGUACCCGGGGCUGAGGCGGCGUGCGGCCAGGGCCCCCACCGUGCCAGAGGCUCUCUAGUGUGCACCUACUGUGUGUAGAGUCCUGUGCAUGCACUGUCUGUGCUCCUCAUGACAUUCUGAGGGUGAUCCUGUUUGCAGCAGGCAUGUCAGAAGAUGAGGCAGCUCAGGCCCACAGACCCAGCUUGUGUGAGCAGGACCAGCAGAACGUCGUACACCGAGUUGUGGCCCUGCCCCUGGUCAGGGCCACGUGCACUGCUGUCUCUGGUGCAUAUAGCGCAGCCAAGGAUAGACAUCCGCUACUGGGUUCUGCCUGCCGCCUGGCCGAACACUGCGUGGGCAGCCUCACCACCAGCGCCCUGGACCAUGCCCAGCCACUGCUCAGCCACCUGCAGCCUCAGCUCGCUACAAUGAAUGAUCUUGCCUGCAGGGGUCUGGACAAGCUGGAGGAGAAGCUACCUUUUCUCCAGCAGCCUUCGGAGAUGGUCGUGACCUCAGCCAAGGAUGCAGUGGCCAGCAGUAUGACAGGCGUGGUGGGCCUGGCACGGCAGAGUCGGCGCUGGAGUGUGGAGCUAAAGCGUUCCAUGAGCCAUGCUGUGGACGUCGUGCUGGGCAAGUCAGAGGAGCUGGUGGACCACUUCCUGCCCAUGACCGAGGAGGAACUCUUGGCGCUGGCGGCUGAAGCUGAGGGCCCAGAGGUGGGCUCGGUGGAAGAGCAGAGGAGACAUCAGGGCUACUUUGUGCGCCUGGGCUCCCUGUCAGCACGGCUCCGCCACCUGGCAUAUGAGCACUCUCUGGGGAAACUGAGGCAGAAGAAACAUCAUGCCCAGGACACACUGGCCCAGCUGCAGGAGACACUGGAGCUGAUUGACCUCGUGCGGUGUGGGAUGACCCCCACUGCCCCGGCUAACCCUGGGAAAGUGCACGAGCUGUGGGGGGGCUGGGGUCUGAGCACCCUGGAGAACGGCCGCCGUCGCAGCCAGGCAGAGCUGGAAACGCUGGUACUGUCCCGAAGUCUGAUGCAGGAGCUACAGAACUCGGUGGACGCACUGGAGACCAGUGUGCGGGGCCUGCCCCCAGGUGCCCAGGAGAAGGUGUCUGAGGUGCGGCGCAGCGUGGAUGCCCUGCAGGCUGCCUUCGCUGAUGCACGCUGCUUUGGGGACGUGCCGGCAUCAGCGUUGGCUGAGGGCCGGGGCAGAGUGGCUCGGGCUCAUGCCUGUGUGGAUGAGCUGCUCGAGCUGGUGGUGCAAGCCAUGCCACUGCCCUGGCUUGUGGGGCCCUUCUCGCCCAUCCUCAUAGAGCGGUCAGAGCCUCUACCUGACCUGGAGAACCUGGUGGACGAGGUCGUGGGGAGCCCGGACCCCCGCUGGGCACAUCUGGACUGGCCCGCCCAGCAGAGAGCCUGGCAGGCCCAGCACGGGAACGGGACAGGUCUCCCAGAGGACAUUCCAGAGGAGCCUGAGCCCCCCAGCUGCCCCAAGCACACCUUGAUGCCAGAGCUGGACUUCUGACAGGAUGGAGCCUCGCAGCCACAGAGGCAGCAGGAAGCUGCCCUACACCUCCAUGUCCUGCUGGCCCCUAGUGGCCAUGCAGAAGCACUUACAGCCAAUGCCUUGACCUUGGCGCAGGCUCGGAGUUGGGGGUUCUGGUGGAAUUCUGAAUCUAGAUCAGCUUCACUGAUAUCAGACCCUCCCCAUCUUUCCCUUGGACAUAUGGGGACAUGAACCUAAUUCAGGUCUGACUAGUCCCCAGUUGGGUUCAUCUAUCUUUGGUCACCUGUUCCUUUACCCCAAGAAGCUGAUCAAAACUCCUCAAAACACAAGCAUUUUGCCAAAUGCUUCUAUUUGGAGCUUUGAAAAGUGAGCAUUCCCCCUGCUCACCCAGCUUGUACAUCCUGGACUGAGGGAUCCCCAGAGAGUCUAUGUUGCACCAGCUGAGCCUGCCAGACCCACUUGCUUUGCUGUUUGGGGUAUGCUCUCCAGAAUAAAGGUGCU